UUUCAUUUUAGAAUACUUAGCUUAUGAUGGAUGAUAUUCCCACUAUUUCUAGAGAGGUUAACCUAAUAUUGACUCCUCUUCAGAUAACAAGCCAUGUCCCAACCUCACUUAAUGAUUGUACAGGUGGUAUAUUGACUCCUCAUCAGGUAACAAGCCAUGUCCUAACCUCAGUUAAUGGUUGUACAUGUGGUGAUUUAUCCAUCAUUAAUAAAAGAAAAAGAUGGCAGAUCAAUCAAAAAAAGAAACACACUAGGGAUAGCGAGGCCCUACAAAAUCUAACAACUCAAAAUAAAAAUACAUCUAUUUUAGUUUCUGAUAAUGUCCCAACUAUUUCUAGGGAGUUGAACCUAAUAUUGACUCCUCUUCAGAUAACAAGCCCUGUCUUACCCAUAUUUAAUGAUUGUACAAGUGGUAUAUUGACUCCUCAUCAAAUAACAAGCCAUGUCCUAACCUCAGUUAAUGAUUGUACAGGUGGUGAUUCUGUCAUUAAUAAAAGAAAAAGAUGGCAGAUCAAUCAAAAAAAGAAACGCACUAGGGAUAGCAGGACCUACAAAAUAGAACAUUCUCUUAUUUAUCAAAACCCUAAUCCCUCACAUUGCUACCAAACAUGAUGAAUCUUUUAUUAAAGAUAAGCAAAGAAAAAAAUGGCGAUUCAACAACCGCCUUACCCGUUCUAGAGUUACUGGUGGCCAAGAUAAUAAGGCACUGUGAACUCCUCUGGAGUUGCCUCCAAAUGAUAUUUCUAUCACCACUACCACAAUCCCUAUGCCACCUCUGCUUAAUUUUUAACAAAUAAAAGCAUUUAAUUCCACUAUCAUUUACCUCAUUAGGAGUUAUCAUAAAUAA